CGAGAAACAAUUAAUCUGAAUUCUAAAGCUAGAUAAAGACAUAUUGGAAAACUCAACGGGCUGUAAUCUACGGAUAUAUAAACUUUGUGUUCGAUUUACUGCGUUAUCAAUCCGACUUCAUUUCACUCGAUUCUGGCACCGGUGCAGCUAACAUGGCUCUAGCUUUGGUCUCGCUGUUUGCGGUGUUGGCGGUCGCUAAUGCCGGGGUACUGUUCAACUUUGACCCACGAGUCGUAGAUGGCGAAGAUGCUAAACCGGGUGAAAUUCCGUACCAGGUAUCCCUUCAAACUAUUAAGAAAAGACUACACUUCUGCGGCGGGUCAAUCUUGAACUCAAACUAUGUUCUCACGGCAGCUCACUGUCUCUUGUUUGAGACUGCCGACAAUAUUCAAGUCAUUGCUGGGACUGUGGAUGUGGAUGAUCGUGUGUCGGUGCACAAGGUCGAGAAAAUGAUCGUCCACGAAAAAUUCAGCAUGGAAGAUUCCUUCAUCAACGACAUUGCUUUGCUUAAGGUGAAGACACCGUUCUCGAUAAGUCCGCGUGUAUCCACCGUUCCUCUGCCGAAAAUGAGCGAUGUAAUUCCUGCUGACACGCCGGCAAUAGUGUCAGGAUGGGGUGCUCUCGCCGUCAACGGACCAGCCCCAAAGAAGCUCCAGAAGGCACUAAUCUUCAUAACCGAGCAAAAGAUCUGCAAAAACGCGUACAUACCUAUGAACAUGACCGUUCACGACUCGCACAUCUGCGCUAACUAUCCACCGGGAGAGAAGGGAGCAUGCAACGGUGACUCUGGCGGCCCUCUCACGGUAAAUGGUAAGAUUGUUGGUAUCGUGUCCUGGUCGUACUGGUGCGCGCUUCCAAAUUAUCCCACUGUUUACACUCGAGUUACGUCUUUCUUGGAUUGGAUCCAGGAACAUGCAGUUUAGACGACAAUCGUUUAAGCACUCCCUAAAUUUUAACGAAACUUCUUUACAACAAGCCUUUAUUUACACUCGUGGAGAUUAAUAUCAGGAUCUGCAGAUAAGGAAAACUUAAUGUACGUUUAAAAAUAAUGAAAUAAAACUCGAAAAAUUAAUAUUGUAUUAA